AUGGAGUCAUCAUCCGAGGUCAAAAGGUCGACCCAAGUCAUCACUAUACAACCAAAUGAUACAGUACUGACUGCAUUUCCGUAUGAACCUCAUACCUCUCUGUUGGAUUUCCUGAAGGGAGAACCAAAAGUCUUAGGGGCUAUCCAGAUCCUGCUGGCACUGAUCAUUGUGGGCGUCGGAACUAUAUUUGCAUUUAAUUACAUCAAUUUCUCCCAGAAAUUUCCCCUCGUUUUCCUCACAGGAUAUCCGUUCUGGGGAGCACUUAUUUAUGUUAUUACAGGAUACCUCACAGGAAUCAAUGACAAGGAAAAAUGUCUGGGACAAGGUGUCACGGCCAUGAACGUUAUCAGUUCCUUGGUGGCGGUGGCUGGGAUUACUCUAACCAUUAUCAGCUACAGACACCAGCACAAGUACUGCCAGAUGCCUUCCCUCGAAGGAAUAUGUGUUAUAGGUAGAACUCUUUUCAAUGGAAUUUUGUCAGUCUUACUGAUCAUCAGCAUAGUAGAGCUCUGCAUCGCUGUGACUAUCGCCUCCUUCAGAAGCAAGUGCUGGACAAAUUCUGAUGAGAUUGUAUUUUUCUUGCCUUCGGAUGUUACUCAAGAUAGUGAACUAUCUGCCCCUGAAGAAAAUGCUGCAAUACAAUUUGAGCUUCAAGAACAGUCUUCCACUGAUGAUUCAACAACAAACAAGCAACCUGUUUUCAUUGGAGGCUAUACUUUCUUCAAGUUAAGAAUCUCAAGAAAUCCUGUAGCCUUUCAACAUUCAAGGAGGAGAGGCAGCAAUAUUUACUAUACAUCUUCUGCAUCUGUGCUAGAUGAACAUAAAAAUAUCCCUCCACCUUCACAACAUCAUGAAAAACAAACUAAGCUGAAAUCUUUGUCUCCCACAUCAGAGAAAAAGCCCACAGAAAAUACUCCAUACACUGAACAACUGAAAGACGAAGACCUAAAAUCUGCUAUGGCACAACCCCCAAGAAAGCAAACCCAAAUGGUGCAGUCCCUAGCUCCACCACUCCAAGUUUUUCCAUCCUAUUCCAUAAAAAAACUCCAAAUGUUACCACCCAAAGACUUGCUGUCCCAAGCUCUGCCAGUACAAGCCCCAACACCCUAUGUCACACAGCCUCGUGGCCAGACAUCGGAAGACAUGCCAUACCAAGACAUAUCAUCCCAAGACACACAAUCCCUAGACAUUCCAUCUCAAAAUGUACCAUACCAAGACAUGUCAUACCAGAAUACACCAUACCAAGACAUGCCAUCUAAAAACAUGGCAUCCCAAGACAUGAUAUCCCCAUAUCCACCAUCCCAAGGCAGAACUAACCAAGAUCUGCUUUCCCAAGUACCAGCUCUGCCAGCACAAGUCAUGCUAUUUGAAGCUCCAACAUUCCAUGCUGCACAGUCCUCUAAUAUAAAACGCCUAGAUCAGCAGUCCCUUCAACAUCAAAACCAGCAAUUUAUGCAAGUAGCAUAUCAAGACAUGCAAUCAGAAGUCAAGUUAUUGACCCAAGAAUGGAAAUCUAAGGAGGAAUUCCACAGCAGGAAAUCCUCAAAGUGGCAAUUCCUAGACUGGCAAAACAAAAAUCGUCCAUCUCUAAAGUCACAUAAUUUAGAGCAGCAAAACAAAGCCUUGCAAUAUCCAAAACAGAAAUCCCCAGACCUGCAAAUUCAAGGCCAGCCAUCUCCAAAAAGGAAAUCCCUAGACGAGCACAUCAAGGACUGGCUAUCCCCAAAGAGGCACUCCAUAGAUAAGCAAAUCCAAGUUAAGCAAGACAGACAGCAAUACCCAGAUCAUCAAGCUGAAGGCCAGCUGGCUCAAUGGGAACAACCCAAAAGGGAACAAAUCCCAUAUGUACAAGGUGAAGAUCAACAGGACAAAGAGAAGCAAUCCCCAAAGAAACAACACAAAGAUAGACAAGAUAGAGCUCUACAGGUUUAUAAGGGGCAAUCCCUCAUGAAACACACCCAGCAAGCUGAAGACCUGCAGGUCCAAGAGCAGCUACAUCAAGAUGGGCAAUUCCAAAUCCAGGAAUAUCAAGGCUGGCAAUUUUCAGGCCAACAAUCCCAAGAUUGGAGAGUUCAAAGCUGGAGAAGCAAAGAUUGGAAAGUGCAGGAAAUGCAAGUAGAUAUGCCACAUUCCCUAAAGUGGGACUCUCAAAUCCUGCAAACCCAAGAUCUAUUAGAGAAAGAAUCCCUAAAGCAGACAGCUCUACAACAAGAAGCCCAAACUGUGCAUGCCAUAACUCGACAUCAACAAUUACAAAGCAUUCCAUUUCAAGACAGUCAGUAUCAAGAUAAGAACCAACAAGACCUUAAAUCCACAGAUAUCCAAAAAGAAGAUAUGCAAAUAGACACCAUGCAAACAAGAGACAACAAACCAAAAAACAUGAAACUUGAGAGCCAAGACCUAUACAACCUGCAGUCAGAAGACAAAAAGCCAGAUUUUAAUUGUUCCUCCCGCCAAAGCUCAAUACAAGACACACAUUUCACUUCUAUGUCUGAUAUAAAUUCAGAACAAGAUGUGCAGAAAAACAUUUCAAUUUGCUCAACUUCAUACCAAGAAGAUACUACUUUAACUUCUACCUCAUGUUACCCAAAAGACCAACAGCAAUCUGAAGACUCUGACUAA